AGAUCACGAGCCACGGAGGAAAUCGGCAACCGCGGCCCCAUCCUGGAGCUGCCGGCGCUGUCGGAGCAGGACAAGCGCGACAUGAACUGGGGCGUGGAGCACGUAAUCGACUUCAUCGCGGCGUCCCUUAUCCGCAAGGCCAGCGACGUGCACGACGUGGAGAACCCGGAGGGCGUACGGAACUUCGAGAAGACCCUCGGUGCGCGCGCGCGGCCACCUGGGCAUGGAGAUGCCCGCCUGGCGUACUACAACAUGACGGUGGACCACUGCAAUGCCGUUGGCAAGCCUGUGGACGUGGGCAAGCAGAAGCUCGAGUCCACGGAAAACAACCCGCGCCCGAUGCGCGCCGACUGCGUCGAGUCGGCGCAGGGCAAGUACCCGAUCGAGUCGGUGACCACCAUGAACAUAGUCGUCAGGGACGACAAGCUGCUGCUACAGCUUUAA